UGAUUGUGCAGUUGUCAUAUAGAAAACUAAAUUUUUUACUCUAAAAAUUAAUAAAUCGUAAUUAUGACUAAAUCCAGACAAAUGUUCCUGUUAUUUGCUGUAGUUGUUAUGGUGGUGGCCAUACAGGCUCAAGGAGAAUGUCCUAAGAAUCAGGAAUUCAAUAGUUGUGGUUCGGCCUGUCCACCCAAGUGCAAUGAUGAUCCUUCAAGACCUUGUACUUUGCAGUGUAUUAUUGGCUGCCAGUGUAAACCAGGUUUUGUGCUUAACAAUCAAAAUGAGUGUGUAACACCAUCGGAAUGUUGAUUUUAAAAAUGAUGAAAAGUUUUAUUAAAAAUAACGAAAAGUGAUAAUGUGAUAAUAAAGUUUGUGAAACAAAUUAAAUUGAAAUUAAAACAUGCAUUAAAUCCUCUCCACUAUGGUGAUGUAAGGUAUAA